AGCGGUUGUUCUUCCCUGCUUGGCAAACCCUAGAACACCUUCUUCGUUUUCUUAUUUAACGGGCGUGCUCGUUCCCUUCGUACUCCCAACCUUCUCAAUCCAUUGCGCACCGUCGCCGGAAUUCGAAGGUCUUGAAUCAUCACGCCCUAUUGCUAUCCAGAGAGGAGGUACUUGGCUGUGGCUGUGAUGCGAUUAUGUCAUGUGUGAGAAGCUUAUUUUAAGUUACCUUUUUCGAUAAGCGCUGCAUGGUUGUUCGCUGUGCCGGUGUUUGAGGAAACCGUGGUGGGAAGUCGGCAUGUCGAGCGAUUGGAAGAAGGCGGGCGGGGUGAAGGAGCCGAGUGCGCACACAGAUGACGUGCAGAAGGAUGAUGCUCAUGUUUUGGAGGAUGGUGAACAUGUGAGUGGCGAGGAUAUGGGAAAGGAGGUUGAUGAUAGUGGAGCUGUAGGCACGAAAACGGCGGUAGGUGAGGAAAAUGCAACUGACGCACACGCUUCGGUAGCCGCACCCGCGACCAUGACUGACAUUGAGAAGAAAAGGAAGAGGGCCGAGCGUUUUGGUACGGACCUCAGGAUAACUGAGGCUGACAAACGCAAGCUGAGGGCUGCCAGAUUUAGUGGCGGUUCAAAGAAUGGAGCAGUAGCAGGGGAGGCGGGGGUUGAGGUGGAAAAAACAGGUUCUGUGAAGGCUCCGUCUAAGGCCCUGCUUGAAGCUGAGAAUGCGAAGAGGAAAGCUCGUGCGGAACGUUUUGGCGGUCCGCCGGAAGAAGUUACUGUGAAACCUAAGUCUCCCCAAAGUGUCGUCGCUGCGAAACCUAAGUUAGCCCAAGAUGAGGAGGCUAAGAAAAAGGCUCGCAUGGCGAGAUUUGCUGUGGCGGCGAAAUAAUGUUUUGAAGGGAUUGAGGUCUGAUGCAAGUUACGCAGGAUAAAUCAAGCAAGCGGUGUUCCUCACUUGUCUACCUGAUUACAUUUUCUUGUCUGUGCAUGUAGAGCUCUCGGUUUGUUGCGGUCAUUUUACUGAGGCGUCCCUAGGUGUCAUUCCUGUUUCUUGGUGACGUGUUCCUAAACAUGCAUUCUGUGCUCCCCAGUCAUGCUUGCGUGAGUAAGUAUCGCGGUUGGUGUGUCGGUUUGCUUCGGGUUUGCGUGUCGUUAUCGUUCUGCCGUGGGUGUACUUGAGAUCUUUCGGAGGAGUAUCAGUAUCCGUGUCUGUCCAAGUUUUGCAGUUCCUUGAUUUGUGUGUGGUUCAGUUUAUGGUUAGCUCCUGUGGUGCCAUUUGCAAAGUGAGCAACCCAGUAGCAUGCCAUGUGCAGAAUUGGAUGGGUAUUCCUCUGAUGUUUUUAAGAUUCCAUAUUAUUUGCUUGUAUCCUUCUUACGCCUUCACCUAGCUACCUUCGCUUGAUGUUAGGAAUGCGUUUCCUACCGGCUUUUGUGUAUACGUGUUAGUAGAUUUUCGUUGUCUUGCAAAGUCUUCUAAAUUUUUGGUCGAAGUUAUGUUCAGCGUGGGGCUUGUUGAAUUCUAAUACAUGCCUUAUCGUUAAACAUUAUCAUGCCUUUUUCCCUUUCGCUGUUCGCUAGCACGGUUUAUAAAGUGGUAUUCAGAUGUUCUUUGGGAAUGUAUGCUUUAAUUCACAAGAAUGAGUCUACACUUGUAUUCAGCUACUUGCUCAUUAUGUAAACUCGUUCUUUGUUUGAUCAAAUGGGUGCAGUAAUCGAUGCAAACCUAGCGGCUUGUCUUUGGGCUAUUUGUUUGUUAUAACGUAUCAACAUUUCUAAAGAACUAUGUCAACCCAAAGUAAUGUCAUUGUCAUUGUGAAUAGUCGGUUGACUUUCCUUCAUGCGAACGUCUCUUGCUUUUAAUUAGAUUGACACUUUCACAACGGUCAAGAUUUGAACUCUUCCGCUGGAUUUGAUGCGAGUCUCGGUGGUGAACGAAGUUGUCAUCUGCUUGUUGUUUGGCAUUCGCGUUAACAACUUCCGUUUGUUUGUUUGCUUGUCUAUUUAUUAUUUUGUGUGUGUGUGUGUUUGUGUGAGAGUGACUAAGGGUCCCUGUUUUAUUUUUCUUUCUCCUUUCCUUAACUGUCUGUCACCUUCCUUCAUUCCCGUCCUCCUGAAUUAGGUACUUUUUUUUUCUCCCUUUUUUCCUAUUAGUGUCGUAAACAUUCUGUCAUUGUUUGACGUGUUUUCAUAUAAAAGUCGGCUUUGAAGAAAUCGUCUACAGGUGUCGAUCUUCUAACUUGAACACAUUAGAUAUUGGUUAGAUGCUUACUGCAGGAUAGAUUUGGCCUAGCGUUCUUUCUCUCGAAGAUCUAAUCCAGUUACCCAUAAAAAAAUUAGAGCUUACAGUAAGAAGAUUUUGAAGCAGCAAAGUGCAUUUUAACUAGGUCUCAAUCAUCUGACAGUAUAGUUGGACUUCGGAGAUGAUAUUUUAAAUCUGCUGUAUCUUUUAUUGAACAUCUUUUCCCAACUUAAUGUCACCAAAAUGGUGUGUUCUAUUGUGUUUUGGAUUA